AUGGAAAAUUUUAAUAUUAAUAAAGGGAUCAUCUCCUCAGGUAUAGGUGCGGGUGCGAGUUUGGGACUUUACGGAGCCUUCGCGUGUGCUCUCGCUGGAGGUUGCAUUGCUCCUUGGUUAGACGAAGAAAACAAGAUAUAUGAUCUUAACUGGUGUAAUAAUGUGAAUUUAGCUGGUAAUGCGAUUAAUUUUGGUGCAAAUGCUAUUGAAGCAGGAUUUAUUUGGAACAAUCAUACUAGGAUAUCUAAACUGGAAGAGGAAUUAAUGAAUAGGCAUUAUUGCGGAAUUAAUAGGGAUGAAAACAGUAAAGAAUUUGUAGACAAUAUGGUAAAUCUAGGAAUUUUGAAAGGGAGAGUUAAUGCUCUUGAAAAAGAAAAAGAAGAUACAAAAACCUUGAAAGUGAGGGUUGAUGUUCUUGAAAAAGAAAAUAAUAAAUUAAAAGAAUAUAUUCCUACCACGAAUAAAAGAAUGUCUAAUUUAGAGGAGGAACUAAGGUUACAGGAUUAA